ACAUGUCCUGUUUUGUCUGGCUCUUCCUCCCUGACUUGGUAAAUGCCUUUGCAGCCCCAGGAAAGUUGCCUCUCAAUGGGAGUCUGGAGGAGCCUUUUAGAAUCCCGAACAUCUCAGAUUUCUUCUCCUGGGAUAAUGACAGCCUGGCCGACUGGCAGAGUUUCGUGGGCAGGAGUCGGUAUGGAGCAGAGUCGCAAAGUGUCACAGUGAAAGCCCUGCUCGUCGUGGCGUACUCCUUCAUCAUCAUCUUCUCCCUCUUUGGCAACGUCCUGGUCUGUCAUGUUGUCAUCAAGACCAAGCGCAUGCACUCCGUCACCAGCUUGUUCAUUGUGAACCUGGCCGUAGCUGACAUCAUGAUCACGCUUCUCAACACACCUUUUACACUGGCUCGUUUUGUGAACAGUACCUGGGUAUUCGGGAAGGGGAUGUGUCACGUCAGUAGGUUUGCACAGUACUGCUCCCUCCAUGUCUCUGCCUUGACCCUCACAGCCAUUGCCGUGGACAGGCACCAGGUUAUAAUGCACCCUCUGAAACCUCGCAUAUCUACUGCAAAAGGUGUUAUCUACAUCUCUGUAAUCUGGAUCAUGGCAACUUGCUUUUCCCUGCCACAUGCUAUCUACCAAAAACUCUUUACCUUUGAAUACAGUGAGAAGGUGACUCGGUGCCUGUGUCUGCCGGAUUUCCCUGAGCCUGCUGACCUCUUUUGGAAGUACCUCGACUUAACCACCUUCAUUUUGCUCUAUGUCCUGCCCCUUCUGAUCAUCUCUGCUGCCUAUGUGACAGUGGCCAAGAAACUCUGGCUGCGCAAUGCCAUCGGGGAUGUCACCACUGAGCAGUACGUUGCUCUUCGCAAAAAGAAUAAGAAGACCAUAAAGAUGCUGAUGCUUGUUGUCAUCCUCUUUGCAGUCUGCUGGUUUCCCUUAAAUUGCUACGUUGUCCUCCUGUCCAGCCAGACCAUCCACACCAACAAUGCUGUGUACUUUGCCUUUCACUGGUUUGCCAUGAGCAGCACCUGCUACAAUCCCUUCAUCUACUGCUGGCUCAACGACAGCUUCCGAUCAGAACUGAAGGCUUUGCUCAACAUGUGCACAAAAUCUCCUGGGCCUGCAGAACAGAGGCUUCCCUCCACAGUCCCAUCCUACCGACUGGCUUGGCCAGAAAAUGGCAACUUCAAGACGUUGCAGGUCUCCCACGUCCUUCCAUCAGCCUCCAACACCCAGUCAGGAAAGACAGACAUCUCUGCACUUGAGCCGAUAGUAGCUGUGAGCUAAAUGGCGGCCCAGGGAGAU